AGCUCUGAUCAUAUGUUUUAUAUUUUGGUGUGCGUUUCUGGCUCUACUGAUCGCUCCACGGCAAAGAUUUGGAUCAAAAUCAGACAAGCAAGACCCUUUCCCAAAACCGAAAUGGCAAGAAAGUGCAAAAAAUUGACUCCUUGUCUACAUUAGGCGGACGUGAGAUGCGUUUGUGCACGGCAGCAGCGUGCGCCACCUCCAGAGGCCUCAACACCUGGAGGCGGUCCCUGGAGAAGUUCGAGUGGCUGGACAAGGAGGCGCCGAGAUUCUCCCUGAGCGGGUCUCAGGUUCGAGUCCUUCGAUCCCCAGCCGAGUUCUACGAGACGCUGAUCGAAAGAUGCCAAGGCGCCGUCCACAGGGUCACCCUAGCCUCCCUGUACCUGGGCACAGGACCUCUGGCGACCCAGUUGGCCAGCACCCUGGACUCGAGGCUGACAGAGUUGCCGACCCUUCGACUCAGGGUGCUGCUCGACUUCUCAAGAGCGUCCAGGGGAGAGGUCAACUCGCGAACCCUGCUUCUGCCCCUGACGGCCAAGGGUGGAAAGGUGGCUCUCUACCACAGCCCUGAGCUGCGCGGAAUCGUUCGAAAAUUGCUACCCCAACGUUGGAAUGAGGUUGUUGGUCUUCAGCACAUGAAAAUCUACCUCUUCGACAACAGCGUGAUCGUGAGUGGGGCCAACCUGAGCGACGACUACUUCACCAACAGACAGGACAGGUAUGUCCUCAUCAACGACUGCCCCGCACUGUCCGAUUUCCUGGACGGCCUUGCAAGCACGGUGGCUGAUUUUUCCCUGCAGCUAACAAAUGACAACAACACAGUUUUGGAUGCGAAUUGGAAAUUUCACCCUUUCCAGUCAUCAAAGGCCAAAUUCGUGAGUGCGGCUGGCAAUCACGUUUCCCAAUAUUAUCAGCAGUGGGUGAACCGGAAAUCAGAAACCACCGACGACACCGUGAUCUACCCCCUCAUUGAGAUGAGACAAUUAGGGGUGGGAAACGACAGCCGCGUCACCCAAAGACUGAUCGCCUCGGCGCCUGCAGGAGCGGCCAUCACCCUUUCCACAGGCUACUUCAACCUGACGGACGACUACUCUAAAUGUGUGAUUGAUUCUGGGGCCGAGUUUGAUGUGCUGAUGGCCCACCCCUCUGCGAACGGCUUUCUCGGAGCCAGAGGAGCGGCCGGCGGCAUUCCACACGCCUACACCCUUCUGGCGCACCGAUUUCAACGAAAAUUGGCAUCCCUCGGUCACCAGAUGAGGGUACGACUUCGGGAGUACCAGCGGCAGGGGUGGACGUACCACGCCAAAGGGUUGUGGUACCAGAACAGUCUCGAGGAACAACCUGAAUUGACCCUGGUGGGGUCGCCGAAUUUCGGGGAAAGGUCAACAGUGCGAGACUUGGAGUUGCAACUGGCCGUGGUGACGACGCACAAAGGGCUGAGGUCACAGUUGGCCGAGGAAGUGCACGACUUGAAAAAGGGCACAUCCCUCUUCCCAGAGGACUUGAACACGGCGCAACGGAGCCCACCCCUUUGGGUCAGACUAGUUGUGUUUUUGUGCAAGAAGUUCUUUUAAAUACGACUUAAUAAAAUAUAAACAAACAAAUGGAGUAAAACA